CUAGCAUGCUCCAGAUUACUCAAGCAACCACGGCACUGCACAAUGCCCACUGUGGUGUUAGAUCUUCACGCGAAUGCGUUUAGGAGACAGCUCUCGUUUGCAAACACACUGCAGAACAAGAGCCUUUUGUCACACGGUGUAAAGGAAGAAGGUUUGUCGAAGAAGCACCAGGCCGGCGGGCAGCGGGUACAUGAAGAGGGUGAGAUUCCCUCUGUAAACUACCUGCCAAGACUAGGAAUGACAGGAACCAUUUGCUGUCUCACUGUCAGUGCCUCUGGAGUCAAGCUGCAUCAAGAGGAGUUCUUCACGGAGCUGUUUCUAGGAUCUCUUGUUAGAUUCUCAAUUCAAAAGGUUACAACGCUAGUGAACUGUCCACAGAAUCCUUCUAGUAAGAAAAAGGGCCGUUCCAAAAGAGCUCGUGUCUUGUUAGCUUCUGUGGAAGAAGCCACAUGGAAUCUGUUGGACAAGGGGGAAAAAAUUGCCAAGGAAGCACCUGUGUUUAAAGAAGAACUUCAUGCAGCACUUGCUGAUGUCCAGAAAGAGAGUCAAGCCUUAAAGGUAUCAGCAGAGGCAUUUACCAGUGAUCCCUGCUAUCUGCCUAAGAGGCAAGCUGUUGUCCAAGCAGCACGAUGUCUGCUUACAGCUGUCACAAGGCUUCUAAUUCUGGCGGACAUGGUUGAUGUGGCAUACUUACUGGAACAUUUAACUGUGUUUCAAAGAACAUUUGAAUCUUUAAGAAAUUUAUCCAGUAGAUCUAAUCUACAGAAAAUCUACCAGAAGUUUCGAAAAGAUCUGGAAAAUCUUGAUUAUUUGGCACACAGGCGUCAGCAGGAUUUGAAAUCCAGCAAUCAGCGAGAUGAAAUUGCUGCAGCACGUGCAACCCUGAAGGAAAAUUCCUCUCUCCUACAUUCAAUAUGUUCAGCUUGUUUGGAACAUUCAGAUGUUGCAUCCCUAUCAGCCAGCAAAGAUUCAAUUUGCAAUGAAAUACAGAAUGCUCUCAGUGUAAUUUCUAAUGCUUCCCAAGGAGUUGGAAAUAAAGUGGGACAACCUACAUCUCGUGCAGCUACUCUUGGAAGUGCACUUGAUGAGCUCGAGAAUUUAAUUAUCCUGGAUCCUCUUGUAGUGAAUGAAGAGAAAAUAAGGCCAUCACUAGAGAAACGUCUGGAAGCUAUUAUCAGUGGAGCAGCUUUGCUAGCUGAUUCUUCCUGCACGCGUGAUUUUCAUCGAGAACGCAUCAUUGCUGAAUGCAAUGCUAUCCGCCAAGCUCUCCAAGACCUGCUUUCUGAAUACAUAAACAAUACAGACAAGAAAGAGAGAAGCAAUGCCUUGAAUGUUGCAAUAGAUAGUAUGUGCAAGAAGACAAGAGACCUCCGCAGACAGCUCCGUAAAGCCAUUAUAGAUCAUAUCUCAGACUCCUUCUUGGAUACCACUGUUCCACUUUUAGUUCUCAUUGAAGCUGCUAAAAAUGGAAGAGAGAAAGAAAUAAAGGAAUAUGCUGCUAUAUUUCGAGAACAUACCAGCAGGCUUGUGGAGGUUGCUAAUCUUGCUUGUUCAUUAUCAACAAAUGAAGAUGGAAUGAAAAUUGUCCAAAUGGCGGCUAAUCACAUAGAGACUUUAUGUCCACAGGUUAUUAAUGCUGCUUUAGCUCUUGCUGCCAGACCAAAAAGUCAAGUUGUGAAAAACAAUAUGGAGAUGUAUAGGAGUACAUGGGAGAAUCACAUCCAUGUCCUUACUGAAGCUGUGGAUGAUAUAACAAGUAUUGAUGAUUUUCUUGCUGUAUCAGAAAGCCAUAUUCUUGAGGACGUAAACAAGUGUAUCAUUGCACUGAGAGAGCAAAAUGCAGACAAUUUAGAUCGUGCAGCAGGUGCAAUCCGAGGUCGUGCUUCAAGAGUAGCUCAUAUUGUUUCGGGUGAGAUGGACAAUUACGAACCAGGGACUUACACUGAAGAAGUGAUGUCAAAUGUUCAGUAUUUGACCAAGAGUGUGAUUCCAGAGUUUAUAAAUCAAGUAAAUAUUGCAUUGGAGAGUUUAAGCAAGAACACAGUGCAUCUUUUUGAUGAUAACCAGUUUGUGGACAUUUCUAAGAAGGUGUAUGAUACAAUUCAUAACAUCAGAUGCUCAGUCAUGAUGAUUCGGACACCCGAGGAGCUAGAAGAUGUAUCCGAUCUUGAAGAGGACCAUGAUGCACGUAGUCGUACAAGUAUCCAGACUGAAGGGAAAACUGACAGAGCAAAGAUGACUCAACUGCCAGAGGCUGAAAAGGAAAAGAUAGCUGAGCAAGUGGCUGACUUCAAAAAAGUCAAGAGUAAGCUUGAUGCAGAGAUUGAAAUAUGGGACGAUACUAGCAAUGACAUCAUUGUUUUGGCCAAGAGGAUGUGUGUGAUUAUGAUGGAGAUGACUGACUUCACAAGGGGUAGAGGACCACUGAAGAACACAUCUGAUGUAAUUAAUGCAGCAAAAAUGAUUUCAGAGUCGGGAUCAAGGAUGGAUGUCCUAGCACGGCUGAUUGCCAAUCAGUGUCCAGACCAAUCAUGCAAACAGGAUUUGUUGGCUUACCUGGAACAGAUCAAGCUGUACUCCCAUCAGCUCAAAAUCUGCAGCCAAGUUAAAGCAGAAAUCCAGAAUCUAGGUGGAGAGCUCAUCAUGUCUGCUUUGGAUAGCGUCACUUCAUUAAUUCAGGCAGCCAAAAAUUUAAUGAAUGCUGUGGUACAGACAGUGAAGAUGUCCUAUAUUGCAUCCACAAAGAUUAUCAAGAUUCAGAGUCCUACUGGCCCACGACAUCCUGUUGUCAUGUGGAGAAUGAAGGCUCCAGAGAAGAAGCCCCUAAUUAAAAGAGAGAAGCCAGAAGAAAUCUAUGCGGCUGUCAGGAAAGGUUCUGCAAAGAAAAGAAUCCAUCCUGUUCAAGUCAUGAGUGAAUUUAGAGGCAGAGAGGUAGUCUAAUAUUCUGCCACGGUUUGGUUUCUGUCUUGAAUUUAUGAUCUUUGAAUUUUCAUAUUUUCCCCCACUUAUUCAAUAACUAUACUAUGUUAAUGUUUUGCUUUUCUCUAAAUCUGUAAGAUAACACUUAAAUUACUUGAAAAUGCUUUUGGGUUAAUUAGAAACACAUAGUUGAAAAUACUCAUCUUGCAGUGACAAACAUCAUGGCUUUAUACUGGCAUAUAUACUGGUUUUCAGCAGAGCACUUUGAGAGAUGUUAUGGGACGGUGCAGUAGUUGGAAAGGAGGAUGCAAUCUGCCAACCUGCCCAAAAUUGUAUCGCGUUCACUAGGCUUCAGCAUUUCUUUACCAGGGAUUAAUGUAGCCACUAUUAAACUCCGUGUGUUUCAUGAUAUACAGCUUUUCAAACAUGCGGUUGGGCCAGAUCUUUUAUCAGCAUCAUUAUACCAUGAUCAAAUCAGCUGGACUGCUUGAUGCUAGCUGAGUCUAGGCCCUCAACUUGUAUCUAGAUUGAAAGAUCUGAAGAUCUCCCCUCAUGCAAGGCCCAGUCUUAGAAAUCUUAAGUUUGAAAUUUUUUUAGGAAAUAGAAAAAAUGUUCUAACAACAUGGAUAUAACAAUGUAAUAACAAGAAAAAAAACACCUGACUGCAACAUAGCAGUAAUAAUACCUCUUUAAAAGGCCUUUUGAAACAUUAAAAUUAAUCUGUGUUCUGCUUCCUGCUUUAUUCUGUGAGCACUAAUAAAUCUGCCAACUGUUACAUUUGGAAGUUCAGAUAAAUCAGAUGUUAACAGUGAAAAAACUAAUCACUGCACAAAAGAAAAAGUAUGAAAUAAAUCAUUAUUCUGAGAUCAGUGUGUGAAAUACACAUACACCUAUCUUGAAUCUUAGGAAUUAUGAGAUUUUUGCAAGGUAAUUGUAGUGACUUAAAUUCUUUUUCUUAUGACAGUAGAAUCCUAAAUGCAUGACUGUGCCAGUAAGCAGUCUGCUAAAUGGCUGUGCUGUAUCUCAGCAUAUACAACGAAGGGUAAAUGGUAUUUUGUGAAG